CUUCGCUGGUACGAAGCAGCCAAGCAGCUGGGCUGGGGCAUGCUCUGUCUGAUGCCGCACGAUGUCAUCACCAACUCGUGGGUGGAGAACGAUCUUCGCAUCCAAUACUGGCACAUCUGGCUGGAGCUCGUAGUCAAGGUAAACCCUGGUGCUCACAAGGCGAGCAGAGCAUUAGACGAGUGGCUGGGCUCAGAGGGCAUCUCUGGCGGCUCUAUUAGCGAAAAAGCAACGCUCUCAAUUGAGGCAAGCGCGCCGGCGCCUGCGACGGAGGUGGAAGAGAUAGAAGACAGCGAGCUGGAAGAGAGUGGAGAUGGCAACGACGAUAGCGUGGAGCCUGCGCCCUCCCAAAGGACUGCAAAGAGCCCUGCCACCGCCCGUGCAAUGCGCCAGCUUACCCUACUUGAGCUCUUUAAGCCUUUUGCAGGCACAUAG